UAUUAUUAAGAGAAGGAAGAACUGUAAUGCCAAUACUUGUAUUGCUGUGGCUCUGCUGUUCAAUACAACGGAACACAGCUGUGGCUCUGCUGUUCAAUACAACGGAACACAGCUGUGGCUCUGCUGUUCAAUACAACGGAACACAGCUGUGGCUCUGCUGUUCAAUACAACGGAACACAGCUGUGGCUCGGCUGUUCAAUACAACGGAACACAGCUGUGGCUCUGCUGUUCAAUACAACGGAACACAGCUGUGGCUCUGCUGUUCAAUACAACGGAACACAGCUGUGGCCCUGCUGUUCAAUACAACGGAACACAGCUGUGGCCCUGCUGUUCAAUACAAUGGAACACAGCUGUGGCUCGGCUGUUCAAUACAACGGAACACAGCUGUGGCUCUGCUGUUCAAUACAACGGAACACAGCUGUGGCUCUGCUGUUCAAUACAACGAAACAGCUGUGGCUCUGCUGUUCAAUAUAACGGACACAGCUGUGGCUCUGCUGUUCAAUACAACGGAACACAGCUGUGGCUCGGCUGUUCAAUACAACGGAACACAGCUGUGGCUCUGCUGUUCAAUACAACGGAACACAGCUGUGGCUCUUCUGUUCAAUACAACGGAACACAGCUGUGGCUCUGCUGUUCAAUAUAACGGAACACAGUUGUGGCUCUGCUGUUCAAUACAACGGAACACAGCUGUGGCUCUGCUGUUCAAUACAACGGAACACAGCUGUGGCUCUUCUGUUCAAUACAACGGAACACAGCUGUGGCUCGGCUGUUCAAUACAACGGAACACAGCUGUGUCUCUGCUGUUCAAUACAACGGAACACAGCUGUGUCUCUGCUGUUCAAUACAACGGAACACAGCUGUGGCUCUGCUGUUCAAUACAACGGAACACAGCUGUGGCUCGGCUGUUCAAUACAACGGAACACAGCUGUGUCUCUGCUGUUCAAUACAACGGAACACAGCUGUGUCUCUGCUGUUCAAUACAACGGAACACAGCUGUGGCUCUGCUGUUCAAUACAACGGAACACAGCUGUGGCUCGGCUGUUCAAUACAACGGAACACAGCUGUGUCUCUGCUGUUCAAUACAACGGAACACAGCUGUGUCUCUGCUGUUCAAUACAACGGAACACAGCUGUGGCUCUGCUGUUCAAUACAACGGAACACAGCUGUGGCUCGGCUGUUCAAUACAACGGAACACAGCUGUGGCUCCGCUGUUCAAUACAACGGAACACAGCUGUGGCUCGGCUGUUCAAUACAACGGAACACAGCUGUGGCUCCGCUGUUCAAUACAACGGUCAUCCCGACUCAAUAAAAACAUAUGCUUAGUUUGAAAAUGAUGUCUGAGUGCCCCUGGCUCUCCGUAAAAUUAAAAAGCAAGAAAAUUGUGCUGCCCGAUUUGCUCAAUAUAAAGGAAUUUGAAAUGAUUUAUACUUUUACUUUUGAUACUUUUAAGUAUAUUUUAGCAAUUACAUUUUAUUUUUGAUACUUAAGUACAUUUUAAAACUAAAUACUUUUAGUCAAGUAGUAUUUUACAGGGUGACUUUCACUUUUACCUGAGUCAUUUUCUUUAAAGGUAUCUUUACUUUUUCUCAAGUAUGACAAUUGAGUACUUUUUCCACCGUGGCCGACAUGCGUAUCUCUUCACAUACUGUACCAUGUUGAAAGGGCUCUGUGUGUAAACGAUAUUAGAUUUGACAGUAAUGAUUCAAUCUAAUGAAGGUUGUGAUAUAAGGUCAUUUUACCCAUAUCAAUGUAUCUUACUGUAUAACUACAGGGUAAAUGCGCAUUUUAAAACCGUUAUCAUUCCUUUGGGGUUCAAGGGGAAGUCAGGUCUACCCUGUACCAACGGGUCGGAGGUCUACCCUGUACCAACGGGUCAGAGGUCUACCCUGUACCAACGGGUCGGAGGUCUACCCUGUACCAACGGGUCAGAGGUCUACCCUGUACCAACGGGUCAGAGGUCUACCCUGUACCAACGGGUCAGAGGUCUAGCCUGUACCAACGGGUCAGAGGUCUAGCCUGUACAAACGGGUCAGAGGUCUAGCCUGUACCAACGGGUCAGAGGUCUAGCCUGUACCAACGGGUCAGAGGUCUACCCUGUACCAACGGGUCAGAGGCCUACCCUGUACCAACGGGUCAGAGGCCUACCCUGUACCAACGGGUCAGAGGUCUACCCUGUACCAACGGGUCAGAGGUCUACCCUGUACCAACGGGUCAGAGGUCUACCCUGUACCAACAAGUCAGAGGUCUACCCUGUACCAACGGGUCAGAGGUCUACCCUGUACCAAACGGGUCAGAGGUCUACCCUGUACCAAACGGGUCAGAGGUCUACCCUGUACCAAACGGGUCAGAGGUCUACCCUGUACCAACGGGUCAGAGGUCUACCCUGUACCAACGGGUCAGAGGUCUAGCCUGUUAGAGGUCUAACCUGUACCAGUGGGUCAGAGGUCUAACCUGUUCCAGCGUGUCAGAGGUCUAGCCUGUCACAGGUCUACCCUUUACCAACGGGUCAGAGGUCUAGCUUGUCAGAGGUCUACCCUUUACCUACGGGUCAGAGGUCUAGCCUGUCAGAGGUCUACCCUGUACCAGUGUGUCAGAGGUCUACCCUGUACCAGUGUGUCAGAGGUCUAACCUGUACCAGUGUGUCAGAGGUCUAACCUGUACCAGUGUGUCAGAGGUCUAGCCUGUACCAGUGUGUCAGAGGUCUAGCCUGUACCAGUGUGUCAGACGUCUAGCCUGUACCAGUGUGUCAGAGGUCUAGCCUGUACCAGUGGGUCAGAGGUCUAGCCUGUACCAGUAGGUCAGAGGUCUAGCCUGUCAGAGGUCUAGCCUGUACCAGUGGGUCAGAGGUCUAGCCUGUACCAGUGGGUCAGACGUCUAGCCUGUACCAGUAGGUCAGAGGUCUAGCCUGUCCCAGUGGGUCAGAGUUCUACCCUGUACCAAUGGGUCAGAGGUCUACCCUUUACCAGUAGGUCAGAGUUCUACCCUGUACCAGUGGGUCAGAGUUCUACCCUGUACCAGUGGGUCAGAGGUCUAGCCUGUACCAGUGGGUCAGAGGUCUAGCCUGUACCAAUGGGUCAGAGGUCUAGCCUGUACCAGUAGGUCAGAGGUCUAGCCUGUACCAGUGGGUCAGAGGUCUAGCCUGUCCCAGUGGGUCAGAGGUCUAGCCUGUCCCAGUGGGUCAGAGGUCUAGCCUGUACCAGUGGGUCAGAGGUCUAGCCUGUACCAGUAGGUCAGAGGUCUAGCCUGUACCAGUGGGUCAGAGGUCUAGCCUGUCCCAGUGGGUCAGAGGUCUAGCCUGUACCAGUGGGUCAGAGUUCUACCCUGUACCAGUAGGUCAGAGGUCUAGCCUGUACCAGUGGGUCAGAGUUCUACCCUGUACCAGUAGGUCAGAGUUCUACCCUGUACCAGUGGGUCAGAGUUCUACCCUUUACCAAUGGGUCAGAGUUCUACCCUGUCCCAGUGGGUCAGAGUUCUACCCUGUCCCAGUGGGUCAGAGUUCUACCCUGUACCAAUGGGUUCUACACCUGUUGGGUCUAGCUAAUUUCCUCACAGUUUGUCUUGUUCCAUUGAUUUAAUCAGAAAGCCCAAAUAGUCAUGGAUGGUGGUGGUGCAUCACUGAAAUCUCACAUACAGUCUGGUAGAAUGUAAAUGAUUAUUAUCAUACUUUUAUUAUACUGGAUUGCAGUGUGUGGGCCUAUUGAGCAGGUUAUGGUUGUCUCCUUCCCAGUUUACAAUAUCAAGGGCACUACACUGUAUAGGACAUAAAAUACCCUUACCUAAGAGGAGAAGUGUUCAUAUGGCCUUUUGAAUGUAGCCAGGACAUCAUGUAGACUGGGUCAUUAGUCCCAAAUGGCACCCUAUUCCCUUAAUAGUGCACUACUUUUUAUGGGAUCUGGUCAAAAAUAGUGCACUGCAUUGGGAAUAGGGUACCGUUUGGGACUCUUAUGGGAUCUGGUCAAAACUAGUGCACUGCAUAGGGAAUAGGGUACCGUUUGGGACUCUUAUGGGAUCUGGUCAAAACUAGUGCACUGCAUAGGGAAUAGGGUACCGUUUGGGACUCGAACAAUGUCUGUCUGUCAAUCCUGUUUCACUGUCUGGCCACAAACAUCCACAUCCCCUCUCAGUCAUCACCAUCACAGAAUUCACAAAGUAGCUUUUGAACCACCAAGUGUGCUUCCAUAUUUAAUCAGAACUGAUUGUAUUGUUUCUAUAGCUCUGUUAAACUGCACCCAUUAAAACAUUUUUCAAUUUGGUUUUCUUCAUGUUCUUUUUGUUUGUUGCAUUGUAUAUAAAACAACAUGAUUGCUGUGAACAGUACACCAUACCGCUGUAACCCGUUGAAACACCAUCUUAACUGUUCAGUAGUUAAAUCAAUGUCUCUAUUUGAGUGUUGGAGUUGAAGCAUAAACAGUUGGUGUACAUUAAAACACAUCGUCAAUUGAUAUUAAAUAAACGUGGAACUUCUGAAACACGA